AGCAAAAGCUUCUCCCCCGUUCACCCAAUAGCUAGCCACCCACACUCUCUCUCCUCCCCCACCCCCACACCCGGCCGUGUCGGUGUGUCUCUCCCCUCCCCCCGCCGCAAAAACCCUAGCUCUAAACCUCGCUGAUCGCCGGCCCCUCCCGGCGCUGCCCGGCCUGACCCCGGCCAGGCCAGGAAGCCAAAGGGCCCUCCCCCCCUCCCCAGCCGGCGGCGCCAUGGACAUGGACACCUUCGAACGCCUCCAGACCGAGAGCAGGCUCCGCGAUGCGCUCAUGCGGCUCGAGGAGGCGGAGGAGACCGACGACGACGAGGAGAGGGGCGCGGAGGAGGAUGAGCUGGAGUGCCCCUUCUGCGGGGAGGAGUUCGACGGCGUCGGCCUGUGCUUGCACAUCGACGACGAGCACCGGGCGCAGACCAAGGCCGGGGUGUGCCCUAUAUGCACAGAUAGAGUUGGGAUGGACUUGGUUGGGCAUAUGACCUCAGAGCAUCCCAGUUUCUUCAAGGGCAGGUGGAGGAACCAGCGAGUUUCAUCUGAAUCACAUUCUUCAAUGUAUUCUGCAUUGAAAAAGGAUGCGGCGCACAUACAACACCGUUAUGGCGGAUCCUCUCGUGCCACCUCGCUCAACACAGUGCCUGAUCCUCUACUCUCCUCCUUUGUUGGUAGCUUCAUUGAUGAUGAUGUAGAUUCGCCAAAAGAUGCACAAGAAGAGUUCUUGGAAAAGGUUAUUGAGAAAAGUGAUGUCUCAGAGCAGAAAGCAGAAGAAAGUGCUGAGGAGCCUUUGCUUCCUGAGGUGAAGGAGGAGAGAACCAGGAGGAGCCAAUUUAUGCAGGGGCUGGUGCUGUCCCUGAUGUUUGAUGACAUCUUGUGAAGAAUGUCUUGUUCCGAAAAUUGAUUGAGAAGGCAGCUCUUGCUUCACCAGACAGUUUUAUACCUUACCGCAAGUUGCUACCUUUCACCGAGUUGCCAUUAAAAACAGAUGGCAGCUUUGUUGUGUGAUGUUAAGGAUGAAUGUUGUGAAUAUGGAUGUUGGUUAGUAUGCGCGUCGUUGUCGCAUGAACAAUAAGAUAGUAUAUAUAGGUUUGGUAAUUCUAUUAGUACCGGAGGUGUUGUCGGGAGGGCUCCUGUGGGCGGCCCUGGCUGUAUGUAUAAUUGGGAGGCCUAGUGACUGCCGGAAUAAUUCAUCCUAUUUAUUUUCGGACUUCA